AUGGGCUACUCGUGGCCAGAAGCAGCCCGCGAGCGCGAUCUCCACAGGUACUACCGCCCAUGGCUCGAUGCACAGAGCCUGGUUGACGCUGCCGACGGUUCUGGUAAAGGCCUGACCUACUCUGGCUUCCAACCCCAAACGUCAAGGGAUCGCUCCCUGACUGCCUUUGCGCAGCUCGCCACGCUGCGACUUGACACCCGGCGGGCAAUGGUAUCGCUGAUCGACUCGCACCACCAGUACAUUCUUGCCGAGGCCACGCGCACCCUCUCGCUGUUCAAGCCCGUCGCCGAAGAGCCCGAAGACGAGGUCUGGCUCGGCAAUGCCAUCUUGACCAAGACCGAUGCUGUCUGCUACCACACCUUUUCUUCGACCUACACGGCAAAGGAGGAGGAUGGAAGCACCUACACGGGCGAAUGCAUGGUCAUACCGGAUUGUAGAUUAGACCCCAGGUUCGCCGACAGGGACUAUGUCAAGGGUGAGCCUGGUGUGAGGUUCUACGCUGGAGUCCCGAUUGUUACCAAAGCAGGCCAUCGCAUCGGCGUCUAUGCUGUAUCUGAUGAGAAGCCUCGCGAUGGGAUUAGUGCUGGCGAACUGCGCUUCAUGCAAGAUGUCUCCGCCGCCGUCAUGGAGCACCUCGAGCUGGCCAAAGACAGCAUGGACCGCAACAAGGGUGAGCGCAUGGUACGCGGCUUGACUCAGUUCAUCGAGCGCUCUUCUUUACAGGACAGCCGAGAAGACGGCAACCGGCCCACCACUAUGGAGAAGCAGACCGAGAACGCGCGCUUACUAGCCCUUGACGAAGAAGAAGGCCACAACACGUCUGUACCUGCCAGACAAGCUCACCGCAAGCGUGACGCCGAAUCCGAUGCAGCUCGUAUCUUCCACAGCGCUGCUCGUAUAAUUCGCGAGAGUACUGAAGCCGAUGGUGUCGUCUUCUUCGACACUUCGACCGCUGGGAUAAGAACCCAUCUCUACGACUACAAUCGCACAGCCGGUAGUAGCGAUGAGAGUGCGACACACAACACUGAUACCGGCGAUUCGACGGCUUCACGAAGGCUCAAGAAACAGACAGUUGUCGCCGCGGAUGGCGUAUCUGAUGCAAAUGGGACUGACAGCAAGGCCUGUCCUGUGGUCGGACUAUCUUUACGUGAAGGCAAUGCGGCCCUAGUGCACACAGACUUCAGCUUCAAUGAAGCUGCCAUGGAGCGCUAUAUCCAUCGAUAUCCGUACGGCAAGUUCUUCAACUACAACGAGGAUGGUAUGGGCAUCAACUCUUCUGAUGAGAAGUCUGAGCGUUCCGAGACAGAACAGUCCGAUCGUACAGUCGACGAACCGGCCGCCAACACCAAGAAGACGCGCAAAAAGCGAGAAAGAUUCAUCCCAACCGAGUUCCUCAAAGUUCUGCCAAAGGUGAGAAGCCUUAUCUUCCUGCCACUCUGGUGUCCGGCCACAGAACGAUGGAUCGCCGGUGGCUUUAUCUGGACAACCCAAGCCGGACGAUUGAUGAGCCCGGAUAACGAACUCCCAUAUCUGCAAGCAUUCGGAAACUCGGUGACUAGCGAAGUAGCACGACUCAAUGCGCAGAAAGCGGAUCGUGCCAAAACCACAUUCAUUGCGUCAAUAUCACACGAGCUGCGUUCGCCGCUGCAUGGUAUCCUUGGAUCUGUCGAGUUCUUACGCGAGACGGUGGCAUCGGCAUACCAAGAGUCUUUGGUGUCUUCUAUCGAAACUUGCGGCAAGACCCUGCUCGAUACGAUAGAUCACGUGCUUGAUUACGCGAAAAUCAACAAAUUACAGAAAGUCUCUGGUCAGAACAAGCGAAGCCUGGGGCGAAACAAGCGACAGCCUUCUGAUAAUUCGAUUCUUGGUGUGACUUCAGACUUUGAUCUAGCACAACUAGUCGAGGAAGUUUGCGACACUGUGUGUGCUGGUCACACGUUCAGGAAGACACAUCACAUCAAAGGAGCCGCGAUCUACGAUCAAGCUGAGAGCAAGGCAGCGACAACGUCCCUCCAGGACACAAAUAACAGCAACGAAGUGGCAGGUAGAGAUACACACGGCUCUGUCGCUGUGUCUUUGAUCGUAGCCCCGUACGUCAGUUGGAUAGUGAGAUCACAGCCCGGUGCCCUGCGACGCAUUGUCAUGAAUUUACUUGGGAACGCGCUCAAAUAUACCGACUCUGGCUAUAUUGCCAUCAACAUGAUACAGCAAAAAAGCUCCGCCAACUUCAUGGACCUAUCUCUUAGUGUGGAAGACUCCGGUCGGGGAAUGUCGCAGGAGUACCAGCGGACAAAGUUAUUUUCGCCGUUCAGCCAAGAGGAUCCUUUCAGCUCAGGUACCGGACUGGGUCUUUCGAUCGUCAAGCAAAUCAUAGAAUCCCUGAAAGGCGAGAUCGAAGUAAGGAGUACCCACCACGUUGGUACUGUCAUCAAGAUCAGCAUACGUCUACCCAUUGGUUCCAAGGCGAACGCCCACCAAGAUCAUGCUCUUGUCAGAGCACCCCAAGAGCUGAAGGGCACAUCUGUCUCUAUCGUUUGCGACAUGACUGACACUGAAGGUGGCGAGCGGGGGUUGAAAACCAAGGAGUCUAUGGAAAACGCUUGCAAGAACUUUGACAUGAAGAUCGUCGCCUCGAAGCACGCCAGUACUAACAUCUCGGUCUCUGACAUCGACUUUCUGCUCAUCGACUCUCCCUCUCUCUAUCAAUUGAUGCAGAGCUCGAAUGCCAGUCGCAAUAACACAUCACCGCUAGGAGUAGUUUGCGUUUGCACAGAUACUGCGGAGAAAGUAGCAGCAGAGACUCAACUUGCGAGACAAAUUGAAGCGCUUGGCUGGAUUAUUGAAAUAGUCACACAGCCUUGUGGACCUCGAAAGCUCGCCCGCACACUUCUAUCUUGCCAGAAACGUGCCUCACAACACAACAACGAGCGACCCAUCAGCCGAUCGAUGAGCUCCUCGUCAGUGCAGCUCGACCUUCAUUCUCUUGCACCGCCGCGUACCUCGACUCAGCGAAGUCUCAGUGACAUGUUCCCACAAGACGUAUCAACGCGAAAAGCUGACGAGGCCGCCGGAUGGCCUUCCCCACCGCCACCGCGCCCCUUCCCAAUCACCACCACGCCUCUGAGUCCCACCCACAGCGAAGGCGGUGAAUACUUCAAUCCACGUGUCCUCCUCGUAGACGACAAUGCCAUCAAUCUGAAGCUCCUCGUCGUAUUCGCCAAACGGCAGAAUCUGCGCUACGUGGAAGCUACCAAUGGUCUCGAAGCGUUCGAAACGUACAAAUCAGAAGCCAUGUCUUCUUCACCGCCAGCCCGCCCUUUCGACUUCAUACUCAUGGAUUUGAGCAUGCCCGUCAUGGACGGUCUGACAAGUACACGUAACAUCCGCCAAUACGAGAGCAAGAAUGGCUUGCCAAAAUCGCAUAUCGUCGCAUUGACUGGACUCGCGAGUGCGCAGGAUCAACAGGAUGCGCAAGAGGCAGGUGUAGACAUGUACCUUGUUAAGCCUGUUAAGUUUGCAGAUAUUAAGAGGAUCUUUGGUGGGAAGUGA